AUGCUUAAAGUCAAAUAUUCUUGUGGAUUGAGAGAAGUUUAAACUGAAGCUUAAUUUACUUAAGGAAAUAACAAAUUAAGAGAUUUAAGAAGAAUUAUUUGUUAAGAUAUAAGAGUGAAGCCUCAUUUGAUUUCCAUUUCUAAUAAUAAUGAAGUCAUUACAGAUGAUAAUGAAUUACUCAAAGAUGACGAAUUUUAUUUUGCAUAUGUAAUGCCUGAUCUUAAAUAAUAUAAUUUUUAAAUAAAAUCUAGGGGAGGAUAAUUCUUUGAAUGUACUCUAGAAGAACUUGACUUAUUUUAAGACUUAAUAGAAUAAAUAGAUUAAUUUCUAGCACAAAUAAUCAAAUAAAAUUUUGAUUCUUAUGAGCUCUACAUUUAAAAUCCUGAUUAAUCAAAAAACUUGAUUCCAAUUUAAAGUUAAAAAGUUAUUCGAGAUAUUUUCAAAGAAACAAAUAUUAUAAUAGAAAUAUAACUUAUACAUAAUAUAUUAAGUUUAACUUUAUUAGAAGAUGAUAAAAUUAUUAAGAUUCACAGAAAUAAAACUUUACUAGAUUUGAAAGAACAAAUAGGGCAAAACGAAUAGAAUUUAGCAGUUGUUAUUAAUGGAAAGUAUCCACCUUAGAAUUUUGAUAACAGAUUGAUUAAGGAUGUUUUGUAACAUGAAGACACAAUUUUUAUAGUUCAAGUCAACACAUGAUUCUAUUUUUACGUAGUGAUUUGAGAAAUUAUAUAGCUUAUUAAGGAG